AUGGCUGCAGCAUUUAGAGCAGUGUGGUCGCAGCUACUGAAGGAGGGGUGGAAAUCCAGCAGGCCAAGGGGGCUGGAGACCGACUAUACGUACCUUCGCCCCGGCAAGACCAAGGCAGACGUGAGGGGCGUGGACUACUUCGUAGGUGACGAGGAACUGCUGAAGUAUCUGGACAGGCUAGCUCUCGAGGAGGUGAGACAGAAGAAGGCCAAGACAACGACACACGCUCUCCCAUCUGCAUCGUCAUCUAACAAUGCUGGAGCUGGUACGUGUUUUGCUUGCUAA